CUUUCAAAGGAGGACUGCCGUGAUUCAUUAGAGAUGAUCUGCAACCUGGAGUCGGACGGAGAUGAGAGGGCAGCUUUCAGCUUAUGCUCAGCCUUCCUGACCAGACAGCUUCUCCAAGGAGAUGCAUACUGUGCUUGGGAGCUCACUCUGUUUUGGAGCAAGCUGCUGAAGCGCCUGGAGCCAUCAGAGCAGGCCUUCUUGGACAGAUGCCGACAGAUGUCCUUACUUUCCAAAACCGUGUACCACAUCCUGUUCCUCAUCAAGGUCAUCCAAUCAGAGGUCAGUAAACAAGUAGCUCUCUAUCUGUAUUAUCAGUGUGUGGACCCUCUGAAAAUGAUUUUAGCCAGUUUGCCCUUUAAGGUUAAAGCAAUCUUGUUAGUAUUGAAUACUCACUGCAUGUAAGCUUGAAAGGUGGUUUUAUGUACAUAGACAACAGUGACCACAGUCAGCUUUAAUUGAUGUGAUUUACAAUGGAUUUGUAAAGUGAUCCAGUUUCAGAAGGAAAAAGUGCCAAUCCAUAUAGAAAUUCUCGAACCUCUCCUGCAUCAGAAUUGACUGUUUCACUGUCCGUGUGUUUGAACAUUGUUUCAAGCCAAUCUGCCAAAAUAGUGUGCUCAGCAUUCCAUGGGUUAUGUUUGCUUACAUUGUUCAUAAGCGACAAACUAAAAAGCUGAAGGCACUGAAAACAAAUGGAAGUGUCUUUAGCUGUAUUUUGACAAUGAUGGAAGUAUUUGGAGCAGGCUGCAGCUGCUGCCCUCCACAAAGGAGAACGGUAAAUAUUUUUAAAGCCACCUUUCAGGUGUUCAGGUUGUGAGUUUUUGAUACUGAGAACAUUCUGCAUGGACUCUUUUUAAUGGAUUAAAAAGUAAGAUGUGUGCGUUUUCUGUCUACAGUGCAUUACAUAAUGAUUAUGAUGAAAGUAAUGUGCUGAUUCAUGUUGAUGUGAGAAAUUAACAUCUACUAGCAGCUUUAAAUGAUU